UGCUAGCACUCGGCUUGUGUACAGAAAGAUACAGCGAUCCGAUCAGUGGAAAACAAUACGCGCCAACCGAUUUUUUGGCUAGCGCAAUAAUAAUAACGGGUUUUCGUAAAGGUUUCUGCCAAAAAAAAAAAACCAACAGUGAUUUUCCACCAAACAAAAAAGAAAUAACGUGCGAGAAGAUGGCCAACAAUUGAAAAAAAAUAUACAAAUAGCUGCAUUUUUGGUUUAACAUUUGAAAUAAAAAGACAUAGCCUUGGAUCCGAAAAGAGUUUCAAUUGAACGACAACAGAAAUACCAGCUAAAGUGCCGGUUCAAAGCGGUUAAAGGCGGCCAGUUACUUUACCUUUUAAUAACAAACUUAAACCACCACCACCACAGCUGCAACAACAACAACAACAACAACAAUAACCACUGUAAAUCAGCUUAAAAUUAAUUGUCGCCCAAGUGAAGUGAGCCGCAAUACUGUGAAGUGAACGUGUAAGAAGCAAAAAGAAACAAAACAGAAGAAGCCGAAGCAACAGGAAACUAUGGAAACAUCGCAUCAUAAUCACCAAAAUCCGGCUUUUAUAGGCGACGAUGGACGCAGCACAGCGAGCACUGUGGUGAUAUCGUCCAACAGUCCGGUGCCAGGCGCUACAGCAGCCGGUCGCGAUAAUGCCGACCAGGAGGCAGGAGCGGGCAAAUUGUCAGAGGAACGCGCCACCUGGGGCAAGGGAGUGGAGUUCCUAAUGUCCUGCAUCGCCAUGUCGGUGGGCCUCGGCAAUGUCUGGCGAUUCCCCUUCACCGCUCUCGACAAUGGCGGUGGUGCCUUCCUCAUACCAUAUCUCAUUGUGCUGUUUCUGAUUGGCAAACCGAUUUACUAUCUGGAAAUGGUAAUUGGUCAGUUUUCCAGUCGCGGUUCAGUAAAGGUUUUCGAUUUGUGUCCAGCGAUGAAAGGUGUUGGAAUCGGUCAGGCACUGCAGGUGUUUAUGCUCAGCACAUACUAUGCCGCACUGGUGGCGAUAAUUGGUCGAUACUUUUAUGAAUCAUUCCGCAACCCAUUGCCCUGGGCCACAUGCCACGAGGAGUGGGGUAGCAACUGCAUUGAUUCCGCCCCCGAUGCACGUAAUUGGCUUCCACAAGAUCCACAUGAUCCACAGGAUGAUCAACCGAUACAAAAAAAUUACACAAUAAAUGAUGAGAGUCAACGGGUUCGGACCAGUUCGGAAUGGUAUUUUGUAAAGGAAGUGCUGCACGAGAAGCCCGACAUCAUCGAUGGCAUUGGUCUGCCCAACUGGGAAUUGGUCAUUGGCUUAUUCGUCGCCUGGCUGUGCGUCUUCCUCAUCAUUCGACGCGGCGUCAAGAGCUCCGGGAAGGCCUCCUAUUUCCUGGCCAUCUUCCCCUAUGUGAUCAUGGGUGUACUCCUCAUCCGUGCCGUCACCCUGCCGGGCGCCGCCGAUGGCAUCUUGUACUUCAUCAAGCCGCAGUGGGGCAAGAUAUUGGAUCCGAAAGUUUGGUAUGCCGCCGUCACGCAAUGUUUUUACUCUCUCUCCGUUUGCUUUGGCAACAUCAUCAUGUACUCGUCGUUUAACAAAUUCGGACACAAUGUCCAUCGGGAUGCGGCGAUUGUCACGGGUCUGGACACGAUCACAUCCCUGCUGGCGGGCUUCACCAUCUUCGGUAUCCUCGGGCACUUGGCCCACGAGAUCGGCACCGAUGACAUUGGCACUGUGGUGAAGGGCGGCGCUGGCCUCGCCUUCAUCUCGUAUCCCGAUGCCAUUGCAAAGUUCAAACAGCUGCCGCAGAUCUUCUCGGUGCUGUUCUUCCUUAUGCUGUUUGUCCUGGGAAUCGGCUCGAACAUCGCCAUGACUUCCUGCUCGGUGACGGCCAUAAGAGAUCGUUUUCCACACUUCAAGCAAUGGCAGUGUUCCCUCUUUAUAGCAAUCAUUAGCUUUGCCAUUGGCUUGAUGUACAUAACACCGGGCGGACAGUAUAUGCUUACCCUAGUGGACUUCUUUGGGGCCUCAAUGAUUGCUUUGGUCCUGGGCAUUGCAGAGCUCUACACCAUUGGCUGGAUCUAUGGCACUGAUCGGCUUUGCAAGGACAUUGAGUUCAUGCUGGGCCGCAAAGUGGGUCUCUAUUGGCGACUCUGCUGGAGCAUCUUCACCCCAUUGAUUAUGACUGUAAUCCUGAUCUACUUCUAUGCCACCUAUGAGCCCCUAACCUACAACGACAAAAUCUACCCAGGCUGGGCGUACAGCAUCGGUUGGACCAUCACUGCCUUUGGCAUUCUCCAGUUGCCCGUUUGGAUGAUUGUGGCCAUUGUCCGGGAUCCGGGCAGAACUUUGGGUGAGAAAAUCACUGGCGCUUUCACUCCAACGAAAAACUGGGGUCCCCUCGAUCCCCUGCUGCGGGAGCAGUAUCACAAAGAGAUUGACAACGAAUUGACCCCGAAGCGGGGUCAAGGCGUUUGGCCCGCCAUCAAGCAGAAUAUUUUUGGUUAGCCGGAGAUCUGUACGUAUUGAGAGAGCCACCAUUGUAAAUAGUUUUGUGAACGUAUAUUUUUUAAGUUGUGAAAAAGUAUACUAGAAGAUCUUGUAUAACUCUUAAGUCUGCCAAUAAAGUGAAUAAGUAUGUAAA